CCCCUUUGGUUGAGUGUUGCAGUGCGCAUGCUCAGUGUAGUAGCCGGUUAUGGCGGCGGUGUGUGUUUGUCCAUGAGGUGGGGGACGCCUGCUAUUCUUGCAGUCUGUGACAGAGAGAUCCGAGCGAGGCGCUGCCAUGGCUGGAGUGUUUGACAUUGAUUUGGACCAGCCGGAGGAUAAUGUCUCCGACGAUGAGAAUGAGGAGGUCCAGCUCAGUGAAAUCAUGGACCAGUGCAGUGGAUUUGAGUUUAAUAUGGACGACUGUGAGAAGAUUGAGAUAUCCGAGGACAACGUCAAUCAGGGAACUGAGAACAUCAGACCAGAGUGCUUUGAGCUGCUGCGGGUUCUGGGGAAAGGUGGUUAUGGAAAGGUUUUUCAAGUUAAGAAAGUGGUUGGAGCGGCAUCAGGCAAAAUAUUUGCUAUGAAAGUUUUAAAAAAGGCUAUGAUUGUACGUAACGCCAAGGACACAGCUCACACAAAGGCGGAGAGGAACAUCCUCGAGGAAGUGAAGCACCCAUUCAUUGUUGAUCUUAUCUACGCCUUCCAGACUGGAGGGAAGCUGUAUCUCAUUCUUGAAUAUCUGAGUGGAGGAGAACUUUUCAUGCAGCUGGAGAGGGAGGGCAUCUUCAUGGAAGACACAGCCUGUUUCUACCUGGCAGAGAUCUCCAUGGCUCUGGGCCACCUGCACCAGAAAGGAAUCAUCUACAGAGACCUAAAACCUGAAAACAUAAUGCUCAAUAGUCAAGGUCAUGUAAAGUUGACAGACUUUGGGCUUUGUAAAGAGUCAAUUCACGAUGGCACAGUCACCCACACUUUUUGUGGCACCAUUGAGUACAUGGCCCCGGAGAUCUUGAUGAGAAGUGGACACAACAGAGCGGUGGACUGGUGGAGUCUGGGCGCUUUGAUGUACGACAUGCUCACAGGAGCGCCGCCAUUCACAGGUGAAAACAGAAAGAAGACUAUCGACAAGAUCCUGAAGUGUAAACUCAGCCUGCCGCCCUACCUCACACAAGAAGCCAGGGAUCUCCUCAAACGGCUGCUGAAGAGAAACGCCUCGUCACGGCUGGGGGCUGGAGCAGGAGAUGCCACAGAAGUGCAGGCUCAUCCCUUCUUCCGACACAUUAACUGGGAGGAUCUGCUUGCUCGGAAAGUAGAGCCGCCCUUUAAACCCUUUUUGCAAUCAGCUGAAGAUGUGAGUCAGUUUGACUCAAAAUUCACCAGUCAGACACCAGUCGAUAGCCCCGAUGACUCAACCCUCAGUGAGAGUGCCAACCAAGCCUUCCUGGGUUUCACUUAUGUAGCUCCAUCAGUCCUGGAAAACAUUAAAGAACGGUUCGCAUUUGAGCCAAAAAUCCGCUCUCCACGACGAAUCCUGGGCAGCCCAAGAACACCUCUUAGCCCAGUAAAGUUCUCAGGGGGAGAAUGCUGGGCCCGGAGCCCCCUCCUCCCUGGAGUCGGACCAAGUGUCCUCCAGUCACCACAGGACCAGGCCAUGGAGCUGUCCACACCAGAGCAAAUGGAUGUCACAACGAGCACCGAGGCCUCUGCCCCUCUGCCGAUCCGACAGCCUACUGGGGCCAACCUGGCUCAAAUGAAGCAGCAGGCCUAUCCUGUUGUGGCUAAACGGCCCGAGCAUCUACGUAUGAACCUAUGACCCACCGCACCUCUUUAGGAGUUUCUUGACUCUUUUUUUCUUUUUUCCUUUUGUUGAUAUUUUUUUUUAAAACAAAGCAAAAACAUGGAUGCUACAGACAAUUAAAUUUUAAAAAUUGCACAUCCGCACACUACGUAUACUGUCACAACCUGGAGUUUGUGCGUUGGUCUGGAACUCCAGCGUGCUUCAGUUCAAGUGCUACUGGCAACAUCACCAUCUCACCUCUUCUCCUCAGACACCUCAGGUCACAUGACCGUUGUCUUCUGACUCUCUCCCUCUCUCCCUCUCUCUGUCUCUCUCUCUCUCUCUCUCUCUCUCUCUCUCUCUCUCUCUCUCUCACUCUCUCUCUCUCUCUCUCUGAAAUGGACUGGUAGGACUGAAAAUCUUUUUUUUGGAAGCCAACACCUUUGUUUAACCAGGAAAUGAAAGGUGGUAAUGUAUCACUUGAUAUGCAAGCAGUUUUACUCAGUCUGCAGUAUAAGAUAACGUCUAAAGUGCUUUCUGCUAUUUGAUUGAUCGCCAGCAAGGACAUUACUCUUCAUCAGGAGAUUCUGAAAGUUCUUGUUAGAUGAAAAUGCUCCCUGCUUCUGAACAAAAUGAUAUUAAUUAGAUCUAUUAUGAAAAAAAGAUCAAAGAACAUUUUGAGCAGUGGACAUGUUGGCGUCCUGGUAUUGAUAAUUAUAGCUUUAUGUCUAACAAUGUGUAACAACAUGGAUGCAUUAACUGUGCUAUUCGUAAAUGAUGAAUCAGAUAGCCUAAAUUAAACGAGAAAAAAACAU